ACGAUCAUUCUGGGGAGUGGAAACCUUCGGUUGGUGGAGCGCAUACGAACCCCUGGAAAGCUGUUGUGUCUGCUCACACAUCUGGGUUAAUGCUGAAAAAUCUCAUCUGGCCGACAGAGAUUCGUUUACAGAGUUUUAAAUUUGCAGACGUAUCUACGUCUCUCCGCAUGUACGCUUUUAGUAAUUUUCUGCUGCUUUACGCGGAGAGACUACCGCUGUAUCGAGGACGUUAGGCCGAGCCACUAAGGGGUUGCCUUUUCGUGCACUUUUAAAAUUCUUCUUUGUUCCGACUCUCCUUCGACCUUUUCCUUUGUGUCUUUGCUCUCCCCAUUCCUCUUGGUCUUCCUGUCUGUCUCUCCGCGGCUGACAAAAUGGAUGAAGAGUACGAUGUGGUUGUCUGCGGCACUGGCCUUAAGGAGUGCAUCCUCAGUGGCUUGCUCUCAACUCAUGGGAAGAAGGUUCUGCACGUCGAUCGCAAUGCGUACUACGGAGGCGAGUCCGCUUCUCUGAACUUGACGCAUUUGUACGAGAAAUUCAAGCCAGGAGAGACCCCGCCGCAGAGCCUCGGCUUCAACAGAGACUGGAACGUGGACCUCAUCCCAAAGUUCGUCAUGGCUUGCGGGAAACUCGUCAAAGUUCUCCUCACCACAAAAGUCACGAGAUACCUGGAGUGGCAGGUCAUCGAGGGCACCUACGUCUACCAGUUCCAGAAGGCCGGCUUCUUCUCCAGCGCCAAAUACAUCCACAAAGUCCCGGCGACAGACACGGAGGCGCUGACUUCUCCCCUGAUGCCUCUCUUGGAGAAGAAUCGCUGCAAGAACUUUCUGAGUUUUUGCGCCCAGUGGGAGUUGGACAAUCCAGAGACGUGGAAGGGCUUCGACCCCAAGAGGCACUCUAUGAAGCAGGUCUACGACUACUUCGGUCUGCAGCCUAACACCAUCGACUUCGUGGGUCACGCUGUCGCGCUCUACACGUCGGACGACUACCUGCACCAGCCGAUGGGCCAGACGAUGGAGAAAAUCAAGCUGUACAUGUACAGCAUUUCGCGCUACGGAAAGUCGCCGUUCAUCUAUCCACUGUAUGGCCUCGGAGGCCUGCCUGAGGGCUUCAGUCGACUCUGUGCCAUCAACGGGGGGACGUACAUGUUGAACAAACCGAUUGAUGGGUUUGUGUACGGAGAAGACGGAAAAGUGUGUGGCGUGAAGUCCACAGAUGGAGAGGUCGCCAGGUGCAAGAUGGUUGUUUGCGACCCCAGCUACGUGAACUACGACCCUAAGAAAGUCCGGAAAUCCGGACAAGUUAUUCGGUGCAUUUGCAUUCUGGGGAGCCCAAUCCCGAAUACCUCGAACGCGUCUUCCUGUCAAAUCAUUAUUCCGCAAAGACAAGUCAACCGCACAAACGACAUCUACGUCAUGCUGGUCUCCUCUGCACACGGUGUUGCCCUCAAGGGAAAAUACAUCGCCAUCAUCAGCACGACAGUCGAAACUGCAGAUCCCCUCAAAGAAAUCUCGCCUGCGCUCGAACUGCUGGGACCCAUCGAGCAGCAGUUUGUGCAAGUCAGCGACGUGUACGAGGCGGUCACAGAUGGAAAAGAAGACAAUGUGUUUGUCUCUGAGUCCUUCGACGCAACGUCCCACUUCGAGUCUGCAACUGAAGACGUCUUGAAAAUCUGGAAAAACAUGACAGGAGAGGACUUGGAUUUGUCCGUGAAAGCGGAGCCUGAAGAUCUCCAGGAGAUGUAGACCGCGUUUGCAGGAAAGGCUUCAACUGGGGCUUCUCGCCUUCCUUUUCUCUCUUCGUCGAAACCUCCUCAAGUGCCAGCCGACGCGUGCAGCUCAGGAGUCAGACAGAGGAAGUCCAGCGCAUCCUCGGAAGAGAAAGGCAGCGUCUCCCCAUGGUUUCUUUCUACGGUUUUCCUCGCCCGUUUGGUGUCGCGUUUUCAGUCAUGCGGGUCGCUUCCGUUCUCCUGUCAUAGACUCCAGCUGUUUUUUGGUCGCCGAAGGGUAUGGCAAUCUUGGAAAUCUUCCAGUGCAUAGGCGAGCGAGAAAGCAGAGACGGCUAGAAACUGAAAGUGGGGGAGACUGAAGAACGCAGAAAAAGAGAAGUUGUGAGGGUAGAGAAGGAAGAACAGAGUCUGCCUGACACGGCGCCAGUCACCCAGUUUUCGGCGCCAGACAGGUCCACCUUGCAAGGGGAAGCCGCUCUCCCUGCUCAUCCCUGCGUGGGCAAAAUGGUACUGGAGACUGAUGGGAUUCUCCAUUUGCUUGUUCGUUACUGCUUCCUCAGUGAAUAGCCGCUGUAGACUUUCGCUGUUCGUGUCUUUCAUCUGUUGGUACUCCUUUCUGUCUCUUUUGGUGACUCUGAGGUAUUUCUCUUCCCACACCUCAACAUGUGUAUUUGAUAGAUGCGCGUACGAGGAUCGCGGCCCUCAAAACGUCGUGCAAGCGUCACCCGUCUUGCGCGGUUUCUGCCGACGUUCCGUGCAUUCGCAUGUAGACAACACGGCAGGGGGCGAUGCGUCAAGAGGCCGGAAAGGGAGAAAUAAAGAGUUUCUUGUCUUGCUGCUGUCCAAGUGAAGACGCCUAUCUUGUGCGUAUGUGUGUGUGUUGUCAUCAAAAACAAACACAAAAAUACGUGUUUGUACGUAGGGAUGAGCUGGCGGUAGCCCCGUCAGCCGCGUGCGGCGGAGCACGAGAAAUAAAACAGCGAGCGUGUAGAAAAAUGUAUAUAGAUAUAUGUAUGUAUGUAGGGAAGCAAUAGUCGAACGAAUCAUAAAAGAAGCAAUGGUUUGUUCGAGCUUUCAAAGCAACGGAACACACCGUUUGAGGGAGAAAGAACGAUCAGGCGCGCGUCCGUAAUCGGGUGUCGACAGUAGUUCACGCGUGCGUGGUUAUCGGGAGAAGCAAGGUUUCCGCGUUGUUUAUCGCUAGAGAGCAACGUUAGUAGUGACGAUUCGAGACUGCACUCCGGCAAGAGAGCUUUUGGCGGAAGUAAAAAGCGUGUCACAGUUUGUUUCGCGGAAAAGGUCGCAAGUGGAAUGGUAGAGCACGCGAGUAUCACCACGUUCGACGAAACACCAGUUUGAGUCGCCUUUGGAUGGACCAAGAAAGGAAGCAAAGAGUCUUUCCUUUGUCUUCCUGAUACAGCCAUCCCAGAAAAGAAGAAAAGCUUUUGCUGUCGAUACGCUCGGGUUCUGUUGAACUGGACUCGCCGGCCACAACGCAGCAAACAAACGGGAAAGAGCAGUUCCCUGUACUUUUUUUUCAUAGAGAAUCAUGCCCGCGAGCAGUGCACGUUUUCCUUUUGGAAAGUCCCAACCGACGAGAGGAAACUGUCAGGGAGACUACCCUUUGAGAUCCGGAAGGUCUCUGUUCACCCGAUCCCCCCAACAUGUGGAGUACCCUUUGAGAUCUUGAAGGUCUUCGUCUACCAAGGCCAAAUUUUUCUGUGUCCGCGGAGGACAGUCCAGAUGACCUUUGUAGGCAGUAAGACCAUCUGAGCACCGUGGAGGCACAACAACCAAAUAGAAUCCACCGUGUCCAAAGUCUGAAAGAAUUCGUCGCUUACCGCCAGGGUGUCGUGUGUAUCCCUUACGGAUCCGCGACACUCCGACAAGAAUUUCUAACACUCUACGCAACCCCCUGAGUUUCUUCGCAGGCACCACUGUGUUUUUUGACAAAAACAGACUUUUUUAUUUGUUUGCAUCUGUUUUGCUUUUCUGGUCGAGUGUACAUCGAUCGCCUGAAAACAGGAGUUAGCGUCCCCGGUCAGCAGGAGAUUGGAUGCGAAUAACACGCCGUUCAGGAGUGAGAGGAUGCA